CUCGGUCCGCCACUACCAGAUCACCACCGGGCCGGAGGCUUUAAUUGACAGGCGGGUUUGUAUAAGAGGAGGAGGAGGAGGAAGAGUCAGGCACCGCUGCCUCCAGCUCUCCCAGUCCGUGGAUGUACUCGACGCGAGUGGACUUAACUUUUUUUUUCGCCUCCGGAUCAGACCAUCUCCUGCUCUUUCAAGUUGAAAGCACGCUCUUUUCCGUUUCUGCUACCGGAUGUUUGCCUGAAUAAAACAUGUUUUCAGGAGAUAUGAUUCUCAGGAGAAGUCUGUACUUGCUGCUUAUUUUAUGUCAGUCCCUGCACGCAUCACCUAAAGAUGGUGAGCAGGAAGAUGAAACGUCGUUUGACUUGUUUGAGGUCAGCCACAUCACCCGCAAGACUCUAGGGGCCAAGCAAUUCCGGGGCCAAAACUCUGACGCCCCUGCAUACCGUUUCAUCCGCUUUGACCACCUGCCCCCUGUGAGACCUCCAGUGCUCAAGCAAAUUCUGCGACAGAUGCAGAACAACGAGGGCUUUGUGUUCGUGGCCAGCAUCCGCCAGGACCGCGCGUCCAGGGGCACCCUGAUCGGCAUGGAGGGCCCCGACGGCCGGCGGCAGUUUGAGAUCGUGUCCAACGGACGGGCCAACAGCCUGGAUCUGGUCUACUGGGUGGACGGGGCUCAGAAUCUUCUCUCAUUCGAGGAUGUGGACCUGUCCGACUCUCAGUGGAAGAAUAUCACGCUGCAUGUUCACGGGGAGAACGCCAACCUGUUCGUGGGCUGCGUCCUGAUUGACAGCUUCAUCCUGGAUGAGCCUUUUUAUGAGCACCUGCAGGCGGAGGGAAGCCGCAUGUAUGUGGGGAAGGGAUCCAUUCGAGAGAACCACUUCAGGGGUCUUCUGCAAAACGUGCGCUUCAUCUUCGACACACCCGUGGAGGAGGUCCUCCAGAGCAGAGACUGUGAGAUCCCAAAGGAAGAUGAUGACAACAUUGUGAUGGAGAACCCUGAAAUCGUGGACGUGAGCCCCUCCAUCACGACCAACAUCAUCGGCCAGAAGACGGACGAAGUGGGCGCCGAUAUGUGCGAGCGCUCCUGCGAGGAACUCAGCACCAUGUUUCAGGAGCUCCGGGGCCUCCGUGUUGUCGUGAGCAACCUCAUUGACGGCCUUCAAAAAGUGACAGAGGAAAACACGGUGAUGAAGGAGGCUCUUGGUAGGAUGAAGAACACGAAAGAAAAAAAUAUGUGCUGGCAAGACGGGCGACUGUUUGACGAUAAGGAGGACUGGAUCGUCGACAGCUGCACAAAGUGUACCUGCCAGGAAUCCAAGAUAGUGUGUCACCAAAUUACCUGCCCUCCAGUGGCCUGUGCAAACCCCACCUUCAUAGACGCGGAGUGCUGUCCAGUGUGCAUGCCUAAAGAUAGCGAGGACGGGUGGUCACCUUGGUCGGAGUGGACAGAGUGCACAGUCACAUGUGGAUCAGGAACCCAGCAGAGGGGGCGGUCAUGUGAUGCAACCAGCAACCCAUGUACCGGACCUUCAAUCCAGACUCGCAAGUGCAGCCUGGGCAAAUGUGACAGUCGUGUUCGCCAAGACGGAGGAUGGAGUUUGUGGUCGCCUUGGUCGUCGUGCUCUGUGACGUGUGGUGAAGGCCAGAUCACCAGAAUACGACACUGCAACGCUCCAGUGCCUCAGCUUGGAGGCAAAGACUGUGCAGGAAACGGAAGAGAGACUCAACGGUGCACUGCCCAGCCAUGCCCAAUUGACGGAGGUUGGGGUCCUUGGUCACCGUGGGCAACCUGCUCAGCAACAUGUGGAGGUGGAAUCAAAAGUCGUGUGAGGGAGUGCAAUAGCCCUCAACCUCAAUAUGGCGGCAAGAAGUGCAUGGGCGAGGCCUCGGACAGUGACAGCUGCAACAAAAAAGACUGCCCUAUCGAUGGCUGCCUGUCGAACCCUUGCUUCGCUGGAGUGGAUUGCAGCAGUUCUGCGGAUGGAUCCUGGGAAUGUGGACCGUGUCCUGUGGGUUUCCGGGGCAAUGGAACCAACUGUGAAGACAUUAAUGAGUGUGACAUGGUGUCUGAUGUCUGCUACAAAGUCAAUGGAAUGCAGCGCUGCGUCAACACUGAUCCAGGUUUCCACUGUCUGCCUUGUCCUAAGCGCUACAAGGGGACUCAACCCUUUGGUAUGGGGGUGGAGGCUGCCAAGAAGAACAAACAGGUGUGUGAGCCUGAGAAUCCCUGCAAGGACAAAACCCACAACUGCAACAAAUACGCCGAGUGUAUUUACAUCAGCCAUUUCAGUGAUCCCAUGUACAAGUGCGAGUGCAGGACAGGGUACGCUGGUGACGGCUUCCUCUGUGGGGAAGACUCGGACUUGGAUGGCUGGCCCAAUCACAACCUUGUGUGCGGUGCUAAUGCCACCUAUCACUGCAAGAAGGACAACUGUCCCAGCUUGCCCAAUUCUGGACAGGAGGAUUUCGACAAAGACGGUCAAGGAGACGCAUGCGACAAAGAUGAUGACAAUGACAGCAUUCUUGAUGAGCGGGACAACUGCCCCCUUCUAUACAACCCCCGUCAAUUUGACUUUGACAAGGAUGACGUCGGUGACCGCUGUGACAACUGUCCCUAUGAGCAUAACCCUGACCAGAUAGACACCGACCACAAUGGGGAAGGGGACGCUUGUGCUGUGGACAUUGAUGGAGAUGAUAUAAUGAAUGAAAAUGACAACUGUCCUCUGGUGUACAACACCGACCAGAAGGACACUGACAUGGAUGGAGUUGGUGACCAGUGUGACAACUGCCCAAUGCUACACAACCCUCUCCAGACCGACACGGAUAAUGACCUGGUUGGAGAUCAAUGUGACAACAACCAGGACAUCGAUGAGGACGGCCAUCAAAACAACCUGGACAACUGCCCGUACGUAGCCAACGCCAACCAAGCCGACCACGACAAGGACGGCAAAGGAGACGCGUGCGACUACGAUGACGACAAUGACGGCGUUCCUGACGAUAAAGACAACUGCAGGCUCACGCCAAACCCCGACCAGCUGGACGUCGAUGGCGAUGGAAGAGGAGACGCCUGCAAAGACGACUUUGACAACGACAACAUCCCGGAUAUCUUUGAUGUAUGCCCGGAGAACAAUGCUAUUAGUAUCACAGACUUCCGCAAGUUCCAGAUGGUUCACCUGGACCCGAAGGGAACCACGCAAAUUGAUCCCAACUGGGUGGUCAGACAUCAGGGGAAGGAGCUUGUCCAGACUGCUAACUCUGACCCUGGCAUCGCAGUUGGCUUUGAUGAGUUCAGCGCAGUAGACUUCAGCGGCACCAUGUACGUGAACACAGACAGAGACGACGACUACGCCGGCUUCGUCUUCGGGUACCAGUCGAGUGGACGUUUCUAUGUCGUCAUGUGGAAGCAGAUCACACAAACCUACUGGGAGGACAAGCCAUCCAAGGCGUUUGGCAUUUCUGGGGUUUCACUCAAGGUUGUCAACUCCACCACCGGCACUGGAGAAAGCCUCAGAAAUGCUCUGUGGCACACCGGCAACACCCCUGGCCAGGUCCGGACCUUGUGGCAUGACCCUAAAAACAUUGGCUGGAAGGACUACACAGCCUACAGGUGGCACCUGAUCCACAGACCGAAGACUGGGUUCAUCAGAGUUGUGGUCUACGAGGGGAAACAGAUCAUGGCAGACUCUGGCCCAGUUUAUGACAAGACGUUUGCUGGAGGUCGCCUAGGAUUGUUUGUAUUCUCGCAAGAGCUGGUCUUCUUCUCUGACCUCAAGUAUGAAUGUAGAGAUAAGCCGGAGUUGCCAACGGUGUUCAUAAGAUAACUGACUCACGUGAACUGGACGGAAACCCAUCAAACACUUUUUAAUGACUCUUUCCCAACAAAAUGAUGUCACCACUGGAUACCAAAGAAUGUCUGAUCCAAUUGUGGACGAGAAGGACUGGUGAGAAUGGAUGAUUUUAGAAGUACUAGACUACCAAUAAUCGACUUUCACAUUUAAAGGACCACUUGCAUAUGAUAUAUAUCUAUAUACUACAUUUGUUCUUCCAUUUCCUACCUUUUUUGAGCCUGAACCCAUUUAUUUUGCCUUGCAACACAGCUGAACUGAAGCGUUUCACCGAGUUAACAAUAUUCAAUUCCAUCAUUUGUUUAUACUGAAUGUGUAUUUUGUUGAAUGAAGAAUUUAAGGACACAUUUCAGUCACGUGCCAGAGAUGUUUAUACUUAGACUGUAUUAUACUUUCUUGUGUAAAUUAUUAAUGCUGCUUUUUUUUCUCUCUUUUUUGUGCUAGAAUUUGUAAAUAAUUAUUUAUUUGUGUACACUGACAUCUAGAUACGUAAACUGGUUUUGUUUUCCGUUCCUCUGUGAAAAAGACAGUUUAGUUCCUCACACACAUUCUUCUCCAGCAUAUAUUUGGUUUUAUGAAUUGUAAAAGUAGCAUUACUUUUAAGACUUAUUACUCUUUACCCACAGACAGUGUGGACUGGAUUCGUCUAUAAAUAUGUUACAGAUGUUUGAAUGUUAUUGUCAGUGUUUUAAAAGCAUUCAUGUAUUUCUUCUGCUUUUUUUAUAUUUGUAUUGCACAAACUGUAAAUGAUUUACAUACAUGUGAAGAUAUACAUUUGUGAUAUUGUGGCUUUAUAUAA